GGUGUAACUUUGGUCUACGUCAUCACACGACGGUCGAGAUCUUGGACGCUGGGCGUUCUCACAUUCUGAGACUGUCGAGUUCAUGUAUGUUAAAUUACUUCGUCUGUUUUAACUACACUCUAGGACUCGUUGCCGCAUGAACAACAACUAUGGAGUUUAGUAAAAAUAACAAGAACUGUGAUUCUUUACCAAACAAGGCUAGAAAUGAUACGGGAGAUCAACAGCCGCAAGAAAGAGAUUUGAUGAACAAAGAUGCACCUAAUUCACUGGAGUCCGAGUCACAACGCUGUAUUUCUUCGUAUUUCGAAAAAAUCUUUUUCCCGACUAUGUUGGUAUUCGGAAUUUAUGAACUGGCUGAAUACAUUGGUAAAAUUUCGGGUGACUCCCAUGCAACAAAGAAGUACUUCGUGAGUGGAGAAUUUCACCUGUUCGUCAUUUCACUGACGUGCCUGUUGUUACCUGUAAUCACCUACACUGUAUAUCGAGUAUUUGAGGCUUUUGCAAGAGGAGGUGACAGUUUUUCACACAUUCCUGAAGAAAUAUCUGGUGUUUCCCAUAAUGAUGAAAAAUUCAAUAAAGUUUGCACUUUGAUACUUCACGGGCUUCUCAUCAUUCCCUGGCAGAUUCGAAAACAUGUUGAAGUUUUGAAUUUUGUUGUACCACGAGUGUGUCCGUUUCGAGCGCCAAACAAGAAAGAAAAAAAAACAGCCAACGAACUGGAAAGAAACGCUUUGGUCUUACAGUUCUUUCUGGAUUUCUACUCAGGAUUUGUACAAGUUGUUCUCCAACUGUACAUAUUGGUAUCUUACUUCGAUGGAAAGAUAGAUUUUAAUACUCUUUCCACGUGGGAACUGGUGGCUUCAGUUCUGAGUGUCAAGACCCUUUUAUGUGCAGUCAAAAGAAAAGACGAUGGUGUAUUAUCUAGUAUUCUCUCUUAUUUAGGAUGGGGAUCAAUUUUUAUUUCACGUGCGGUAGUUUUCGCUUUGGCUACGUCUGUCAUAUACUACGGCAUUCUGGGGUUUUCAAUUAUCCACGCUUUAUUGUUUUCUGUUUGGAUUUCGACACUCGUCUGGAAGUCGCAUGAAAUUGGCACUUCUGAAAACCCGACACCGUCGCUAUUAUCGCGUCAGAGGAAAAUGUAUUAUUUCAUAUUAGUAUUUUUCCUUUUCGGUUUACCAUCACUCAUAUAUUGGCCAUAUAUGUUUCAAUUACGUGAGAGUCGACGUUUCGUGAUUUAUAUCGUUGUGGUAGUUUUAGAAAAUGCGGGUUUAUAUGGAUAUGGUUUUUUAUACAUGGUAGUUUUUCCUGUCAUCACAACAACUGUACAGCACAAUUAUUGUUGGAGGCUGCACAGUUUUAGGGGUGAUAUUCCUUGCUUGUUACUGUUGCUGGAAGCCUUCUCUAACUGACAGAAUUGUGUUUAUUGAUAAAAGAGCAGAUAAUAUAACCGAUUUCGGCAUUUAUUUUGAC